UAUUGGGUACUCACGGGACGCUCCAAGAUGGCGGCAGCGGCUAAGGCAACCUGCGGUGCUGGCGCCGGGAGUCCUGGGUCUGUGGCGGCGGCGGCCGACAGAAGCAGUGCCACCAGCUUCCAGAGGAGGGGUCCCAGGGCCGGCGGUGCCGAUGGCAGAGGCCCUCGCCUGGUGUCCAUUGCGGGCACGCGGCCGUCGGUGCGGAAUGGACAGCUGCUGGUUUCCACCGGGCUCCCGGCCCUGGACCAGCUCUUAGGUGGAGGUUUAGCCGUUGGAACAGUUCUUUUGAUUGAGGAGGAUAAAUACGAUAUUUACUCACCGCUGCUCUUCAAGCAUUUCCUGGCCGAGGGCAUUGUCAGUGGGCACACUUUGUUGGUUGCAUCCGCUAAAGAGCGCCCUGCUGGCAUUUUACAGGAACUUCCUGCACCAUUACUUGAUGAUAGUUAUAAAAGAGAACUUGAGGAAGAUGAAUGUAAUCAUAAAACACCAGAAUCUAAUGUGAAGAUGAAAAUAGCUUGGCGGUACCAGUUAUUACCCAAGAUAGAGGUUGGGCCAGUGGCGUCUUCAAGAUUUGGUCAUUAUUAUGACACAUCCAAAAAGAUCCCCCAAGAACUGCUUGAGACUGCAAAAUGGCAUGAGUUCUUCCUUCCAGAAAAGUCAUCUUCACCCCUCAGCACAGAACCCUGCCACUUGACCCAUGGCUACAUGAAGCUCCUUGAGUUUAUCAAGAACAUCAUUUCUGAGGAAGGCUUUGAUGGAUCCAAUCCCCAGAAAACGCAGAAGAGUAUUUUAAGAAUAGGAAUCCAGAACCUCGGCUCACCCUUAUGGGGAGAUGACGUGUGCUGCACAGAAACCUGCGGCGACAGGCACAGCCUCACCACGUUCCUCUAUGUUCUCCGCGGCCUCAUGCGGGCCUCACUCUCGGUCUGCACCAUCACGAUGCCAACACACCUGAUCCAGAAUAAAUCAGUAACUGCUCGUGUUAUACAUUUGUCAGAUACAGUAGUGGGCCUGGAAUCGUUUAUUGGUUUGGAGAGAGAAGCCAAUCCUCUCUAUAAGGAUUAUCACGGUUUGAUUCAUAUUCGGCAGAUUCCUCGGCUUAAUAACUUGAUUUGCGAUGAAUCAGAUGUCAAAGACUUAGCUUUUAAGUUAAAAAGGAAGCUAUUUGCCAUUGAGCGCCUGCACUUGCCUCCAGACCUGUCAGACUCUGUGAGCCGCUGGAGCAAACAGGAUGUGGCAGGAUCCGCCCGGCAGCCGGGCCUGGGCUGCGGCGGGAUGGCUGAGGGCGCCAGGCACCUGGACUUCUAGGGGCCCGGCCUCACUCAUUAGGGCUGCUAAUGGCUUAGUAGGUGAACUUCGGGGCCCUGUGUGUUCUUCAUUUCUUACGCUAGAUCUGCCUUUCUUCAACAUGAGGAUCUCCAAUCACUGGCACUAGACGACAUGAAAGUACUUCACCAGGAAGAGACAUUCUCCAGUCAGUUCCGGUCUACCUCUUAACUUCAGUGAUUGAGACACACGAACACGCACACACAAAGGGGGCCCUGCUGGUUUGUGUCCGCCCGUGACGAAUGUCACUGAGGUGCUGAGCUCCUGCCCUUCAAAGUCCCCGUGGCAGCACAGAGAGGAGGCUGCCUCACCAGCUCCACUGUGGAUCAAAACAGCAGCCAGUCACUCUCGUGAACGAGGAAAACAGAAAGAGGUAUAUUCCUGAGAAACGAAGAGCAUGUGUUUGACCCCGGUGAAGCAGACACACAGACCAAAAAUAGCUCUUUUCGGCUUUUUGUCUUCCUAACCCUAAGACCCAGAGCACGUAGCAGUGGGCAGGAUCCAGACACCCUGCCGGUGGCCACUCACACCAGCACCGAGCCCUAAGGCAGCAUGGUCCAGAUCAGCCUAGGAAGCCAUGAGGUGAUGCUACACAGGGAGAACUGGGGUGAGAACCGCCUGGAGAAGCCAGGUGUUUGCUUCGUUUGUGUACAAGUUAGGAGACACCGCUUUGGAGGAAAAAAUUUCUGGGGAAUUCAUCCCUCUAAAAAGUGCUUUUUACCUAGAGCGAUUCCGCUCUUGUUCUGUUCACCUAGCUUCCCAAAGUCAGUCAAAUUUGGAGAAGAACUUUAGGCUGCUAGUCCAGUGUUUUGCUGAGGCCAUCGUCCUGGAAACCAGCAUCAAAACGUCCCUGCGGGGCUCCCACUGGUAAAUCUAUAAGUGCACCUAUCCGCAAAUAAAUCAACAAAUGUAAGUUAUCACAUCAGCAGGCAGGAGGCCAACUGCCAGGCACAGCCACCUGAGUGUCACUGUUCCUGCAUCCCUGGUGGCUCCUGGGAUGGUGCACAUUCCGGCGUGUGGCUGCAGGGAGGCGCUGUCCCCUCCCUGCUGUACACACACAGCCUCCGCCCCGCCACGGCCCACCGGGCCCAGCCUUGCGCCCAGUAGGUGCCACCCAGCAGAGCCACGGGACCCUGGCCACAACAAGCCACUUGGAAACUGUCCCUCCUUUCAGGAGAAGCCAGCCACUCCCAAAUCUCUGACAGUCCCCUAGGCACCACAGCUGGGACGCAGGGUCUGCAGGGCAGCAGGAGCAGAAAGGCCCGCCCCGGCCAGUGCACCAGCAGGGCGUUGCGCCCUUGUGACACACACACGCACACUGCAGGCCACGCACAAGGUGCUGGUGGGAAGAAAGCACUAGCAAGCAGCAGGCCCGAGAGUGGCUCCCAGCACCCUGCCUGACGCACAGAGUGGUAGGUGCCGAGCUAGGUUAGGCUCCAGUCUCCCAAUUAAUUUCUGCCUUUUUGAUCAUCUCCCUUUGAGGAGUAAGAAAAAAGAACAAAAGCGGAGUGCAGUCCGGGGGUGGUGCAUCCCUUCCCCACAGGCCUCUGCUGUGGGAGCGUCCUGACCGUUUGCAGUUCGCGGGCGACUUCUCUUUGUGGGCUCACAUUUUGCAGAGUGGACAGAAACCACAGCCUCGCCCAGGCCUUCCCAAACCAGCAAAGCUUAUUUCUCUCCACGCUCGACUCGGCUCGCUCGGCUCGAGCGCUCCCGCUCCGCACGCCGCCACAGUGGCCGAGCUGGGUGGCGAGGCCUCCACCCCCGCCAGCCAGGCGCUCUGCUGUCACCGCGGACGUGUCCCCGACCCCCACCCUACUGGCCACAGCGCGCAGAGCCAGGCUCCAGCAGAAGAACAGCAGGGUGGCGCCCCCCCCCCCCCGCCCCGGGCUCGGGGCUCGGCCAGGCAGCGGCCCCCCAGAGCGGGCAGCAGCUUCCGGGCAUCCUGCUGGAGGAACUCACUUCUCAGUGUGCUGUAAGAGGCCACUGCUGAAACAGGCGGAGAAUGGAAAUCCGCCCCAGUGUACACCAGGCCCUAACUCGGCAAGCCGACCUCACCAGGGCACUGCGUCUGAGGUGAGGGACCCAGAGGCUAGCUGGGGAAGGGCUGUGGGUGUGGACGGGUGCAAAGCCAACCACUUCCGGGAUUCUCUCUGGUUCAUGCUAUCUGGAAGAACUGUUUCCUUAAACAUCGUCAAGAUGUGGAGUAGAGUUAUGUCGGGAGGGGACCAUUGGCCUAGAAUGUUAAUCCAACACGGAAACAAAAUUUGUAACACCACACUAUAAGGUUAAAAAGAAAAUGGUAUAAUAAAGGAAAUACAAAGGCUUUG